AUGGAAUCGCAGGAAAGCCCCAACGACGGGGAGGAGAAACGAAAUUACACGGUUAUAAAUUAUUCCUUAAAAGCAAUCUCAAAUAGAGGAUGUCUCGCUGGUAUUUCAUCUCGAGCCUGUAUUGUCAAUGAAGACCGAUAGAGGCGGAAUUAAUAUAGCGCUCUGGUAGCGUACCUUCUAUUUUCCGUCGUCGGGAGACUGGUGUCCCAUAUUGUGCCUACCUCAUUCUGACAUACACACUUGCUGGCGAGCGCGCUUACACACACACGCACACACUUAAUCGCGCACAUACAUGCGCGCAAGCAUAGUCACACCCCCUUUAGUUUCACGCACAUACCCAUUGGAAAUAAACGAGGGGGUCGGACGAGCUGUAAACCCCGGAGUACGCAUUUGGUGCAGACGACGGCCAGCCAACGGGAAGCGAUGGACACUACAUGACUAACCGAUACCAGUGAGGAUUACAGUUCUUGUUUCGUAGUAGCAUCGUAGCAUAUCAAAUAAAAAAUGGGUGGCUAUGCGAUUGGAUUACGGGCAAUAACGAGAAUAUUAACCUUAAAUCAAUCUGAAGGGGAAAAGUAGAAGAGUCCCUUUAAGAUGACACGCACAGAUCCUCCUGACAUACUGGCAUCGACUGUGUAUCAAGACAUAAAAGUGAACUCCGCCUCCCCCCACUCCCACUCCCUCCACUCUUCUGAACGAUGUGAGUCCUGGAAGACCAGCACGCUGGAGGACAAUCAGGAGAAUAUCAACAAGAGGCACUGCCGUAGCUUCGACUACAUCGAGUCCUUGGACGACCCCAAGUCCCGCGCCUCCUCCAUGGAGCACCCCCGCCGGAGGGCUGAGAGGCAUGCAGUGAACCCCGAUGUGGCCUGGAACUCACUCUCCCAGCAGGGUCACCUCCGCUUCUCCUCCCCCGACCUGUUCAACACCAGGCUGCCCCCUCAGCAUGCCGGCGCCAGCGACCCGGCCAGCGAGGCGGCCAGGGCCGAGCUCAAGAGGAAGGCCCGGUCCAAGAGCGCCCCGCGGGUCAAGACCACCUUCACGCCGGUGCCCAUCGAGGUCUCCUCGCCCGUGCUGAGGAGGGGGAGGGACUCGCAGCGGGGGCCACGGGAGGUCUCCAGGAAGUCCGAGGCAUCGUCCCCGCGCCGGGAGCCCCCCCACGGCGCUGGCCGGGCUCCGAUGAACGAGGUGCACCCCAUCAAGCUGCAGCCGCAGCGUGGGGAGGUCAACCGCUACUCGCCCCUGUAUGUCACUGACUGCUUCGACCAGAACCGCCCCGACAAGCCGGCCACCAGCCCUCACGUCAAGUGCCGCGUGGACAUCAAGCCUGACGCGGCGGUGCUGCAGCACGCGGCGAGAAGGGCCCCCGCUAGCCGGGCGGACAUGGGGUGGCAGCGGUACCACAGCGGGGUGACCCGAAGCCUGACCGUCCCCCGGCAGGUCUCCACCUCCAGGACUCCGACGCCCAGCGAAUGCUACAGCAGUGAGUACAGGUACGCCUACCAGUAUCCCAACAGCAUGCCAAACAGCUACAUCCAGCCAGUAGAAAUCCCUCUGCAAAGGGACCCGAGGGAAUACCUGGGGAGGGAGCGAAGGGCUUUCUCCAUCCCAAACGUGCCAACCAAAUUCUUCUACACGGACGACCCCGGGACGUAUCCAUCCCCGGCUCCUUCCUCUGGAACCUACUACCAGGAUGAUCACUACAGCAUUGCCAGCCAAAACCACACCCCCAAAGCGGUGUACACACAGGACCCGAGGACUCGCCUGUUCCACACCCUGCCCGUCCGGCCGUACUACACCGAGAUGGAGCCGCGCCACUUCCCUGGGCACGCCGCGUAUCCCAGACCUUAUUCCACCAGUGAGCCGGGGCCCUACAUCAUCCAGACUCCGCCCCCAAGGGCCUACUACAGGGAGGAUCCCAGGAUGUACCCGGUCCAGCCCGUCCCAUCCAAAAUAUUCUACACCAACGAGUCCUACACGCCUCCACCUGAGCAUCACGUUCCAGUGAGGGCAUACCACACUGAGGGUCGUCGUCGCCCGCGGGUGUCCCAGCCCCAGGUGGAUGACUGGUAUGGCUCUGAUGUAUCCGGGUAUGCCUACCACCACCCCUCCACUCAGCUGACCCCUCAAAGAGUAAGAACUGAACCCGUGCUGACUCCCUGGUACGCAAACCACUGCAUGGAGCCACCCAGGCUUGGGGUUGACACCAGACACUACUCCAGGUCCUGGGACAACAUCCUGAACCCGCACGUGGAGAGGCAGCAGCCAGUGCAGAGGGGGCGGAGCUAUGAGAACCUCCUCUACCAGGGGAGGCGGGCUCUGUCCCCAGAGGACCGCCGGCAGCCAGUAGUGGUCAACCUCUCCAGCUCGCCAAGGCGGUAUGCGGCCCUCUCUCUGUCUGAGACCUCUCUGCUGGAGAAGGGCGCAGCAGACGGAAGGAAUUCCAUGGGAAGGAUGUGGUUCGUGACCCCUGAGAUCACUAUCACGGACAACGACAUCCGCCCAGGCAACCUGAGCGGGAAGCAGGAGGUGCGCUCCGCCAGCUGGGACGCGCUGGACUCCAGGAGGGAUCCGUCCUCGAGCGUUCCUUACCAAGAGCCCAUCUCCUUUGCGGAGGAGAACACCAAAGAGAAAACCCACAACAGCUACUCCCUGCAGCAAAGCCUGGAGCAGCUGGAUGAGCUGUUAGCUGACCUAGUCAUUGACUACAAGCCUCCAGCCAGCAGGAGGCACAGUGAGGACCUUCUCGACCAGCUCAAGAAGCUGAUCAACGAAGACGAGGUAGGACCUUCAACUGAGAAAGAGUCCAAGGAUGCCGAGGGCCGAGGUCCCCUGAAUAAACAGCCCUCUUCCACAAAAAUCAGCCCCGACAACCUCCAAGACCUUGACAGCGGCUGCGACGGAGUCCAGAAGAGUGCGGACGAGUGCUCCCCUGACCAGAGCACGGACGACGACGACACCAUGAUGUGCUCCAACAGCAAGUGCCGGCGGACGGAGACCCUCUUCAACGCCUGCCUCUACUUCAAGUCCUGCCACAGCUGCUACACGUACUACUGCUCCCGCAACUGCCGACGCGAGGACUGGGACGUCCACAAGGAGAGCUGCCUGUACGGCCGCAUUGGCAGCAUCUGCAGGCACGUCAUCAAAUUCUGCCGGGAGACCACCGAGAUCCACAAGGCCUUCUCCCGAAUUGCUAAAGUGGGAUAUCUCUCCCGGGGAAGGGGCGUCCUCUUCCUGGGAUUCCCCAACCCGGGGUCGUCCAACAACUUCCUGCAGUUCGGCCUGGAGAGCCUUCUCAUGUCCCCCACGUACCUGUCCCUACGGGAGCUGGACGGCUUCAAAGACAACCUGGGGAGCUACUGCAGGGAGCUCCAGGAGGCUGGCAACGAGUACGACCCCAGCGAAUGUUUCCUCCUGAAUGUAUCCAUAGCAGUGGGCGAACAAGUGCCUGACAGGCCCUCCCCGAGGGUCCAAGCCCCGACCGUGCGGAAGUACGCCAAGGUCUCCCUGGCCUCCUCCAGCCCCGAGAGGAAGCUCCUGAGGAAGGAAAGCGACAUGGAGACGCUGAUCCUCACCCCGCCCCCAGGGAUGACCGACAUUGACAAGGAAGGGGAGGAGGGCAGGAAGGCCCGGGAGAUCUGCUUCAUCAACAUCCAGCGGGAACUGCGGACCAGGGGGGUCUUCCUGCGGCACGAGUACCCCCAAAUCUACCAGCAGCUGUGCGAGUUCGUGGAGAGCAACAAGAGGUUCACCCCGACCACCAUAUACCCCAUAGACAAGAGAUCCGGGAAGCAGUUCAUGUGUAUGAUCAUGGCUGCCUCUGAGCCACGGACACUGGACUGGGUGGCAAACCCCCAUCUCCUAGACGACAUUAUCUAAUCGAGUCCGCUUCUGAUGUCAUACACAGUAUGUGUAGCU